AUGGCGGCCUCCAACCGCUCAAAAAUAUUGCAGGAUGCUCAAAAAACCUUUAACUCGGAUCCCAGUCCGUUCCCGCAAGAUAAAACAUUGACAGGACGGGGUAGCCAUUCGCCCUCAAUGAAAGACGAUAAACAGUCCCAGUCCAUAUAUGAGCUAUGGGAAGGGGUACAUCACGGGUUAAAAUGCCAGCAGCCCAUACUUGACGAUUCUCUACAACGGGGGGAAAUGAUACACGCUCUCCUUGAUAAACUGGCGGAAAGACUAGGCGUCCUUGAGGACUCCAAUAAAGAGUUAGCUCGAACGAUCAAGAAGAUCUCCGAAGAUAUGGGUACCAACAAGUAA